AUGCAGUGCAUUAUUGUGUCAGACGGCAUGUAUACCUACAUCAUGUUUAACUACGACAACGAACAGUUCAGUAUCAGACCAUUACCGGAAGUCCCUGUUGCUAGUGGUUACACAAAUCCAGAUUACACGGGUAUCGUUCUGUCUGACAGAUAUAACUUCUCUCUCCUAAAUCAAGGAUCCAAUGUGCAGCCAGGUUUUGCUGGAAGGUGGCUCUAUAAUGUAACUGUUAUAACACAAUCAAUGAGGAAUGAAAUUAUAUGUCAGACGUUUUACGAAGACAAUAAGGUUCAGCUCAAAUCUUGGAUUCAAUCGCAAUUGGUGUAUGCACUUCCGUGCCCUUGUCAAGAGGUGUUGAUGAUGGAAGACUACACGUUCACCCGCAAUGACUCACUACGUCCCGGGUUCGGCAGUCACUUGACGUGUUACGAGUCGUGGUUCUUCAGUGCAUAUGGCAUCAAACAGAGAUGCUGCUACAUGUUCAGCAAAUUACAAACACAGUAUCCAGCUGCAAUAGGAGCAGAGUUUGAAAAUACCACUAUUGCCCCACUUCUCCUAGAUGGCUACAACCAGUGCUGCGGCUCAAGUAGCAGCCAGAAAUACUGUUCGCGGUACGCGGAGAUCAACCCGCCUGAUGACUGUUCUCGGUAUACGAUCAGCGAUGAGAUACGUUAG